UCUCCCACGAUUCGUCGUUUUCUGGGUCUCUCUGCAAAAUUCCAUCGUCGUUGGAUUAUAUAUGCCUUGAAAUUCUAUUUGGGUCUCUCUGCGAAAUUCCAUUUCUGGGUUUUUUUUCGUGUCUUUGUUUCAUUAUUCACCUCUUUACUGGCAAAUAUUGGCACAAACUUAGUUUGCUUCUAUGAGCCAAAUCUUGUGUUUUCUGUGGCUUCAUAAUGGUAUUGAAGAGUUUCUGUGAGAGGAUUGUUGCUGCAAAAUGUUCUUCUAAAAGCUCUACUGAGACUGUAGAUAAUACUCCUCAGGUGCCUGCUUGUUCGAAAGCAGGUUCUAGUGACAGUAAGUUUCCCAAGGCUACCUUAUGGUCAAGCUUCUUUACAUCUGGUUUUCCAUUCGUUGAAACAUAUAGUGAAUCAUCGGCUUCUGAAAAGAAAGCAGUUCAUUCUCGAAAUAGCGGGUGGGCAGCUGCUCUGAGGAAAGUUGUUACUGGUGGCUCAAUGAGGAGAGUUCAUGAGCGUAUACUAGGGUCAAGCAGGACUGACAUUUCGAGCUCUGAUGGUGAUAUAUGGUUUCUAGGCAUCUGCCAUAAAGUUUCACAGCAAGAUUCUACUGGAGUAGAUACUAGUAAUGUGUUUGCAGCAUUUGAGCAAGAUUUUUCCUCAAAAAUCCUAAUAACGUAUAGGAAAGGCUUUGAUGCUAUUGGAGAUUCAAAGUAUACUAGUGAUGUUAAUUGGGGUUGUAUGCUUCGAAGCAGUCAGAUGCUUGUUGCUCAGGCAUUACUUUUUCAUAAAUUAGGUAGAUCGUGGAGAAAAACUGUUGAUGAGCCACUGGAUAAAGAAUAUAUUGACAUCUUGCAACUUUUUGGUGAUUCGGAGGCUUCUGCUUUUUCUAUCCACAAUCUUCUUCAAGCUGGGAAAGAUUAUGGCCUUGCUGUUGGGUCAUGGGUGGGACCAUAUGCAAUGUGCCGCACAUGGGAAGUUCUAGCCCGUAACCUGAGGGAGACAAAUGACCUUGGAAAACAGCCACUUCCAAUGGCUAUCUAUGUUGUUUCUGGAGAUGAAGAUGGGGAGCGUGGUGGAGCACCAGUUGUCUGCAUUGAAGAUGCCUCCAAUCGCUGUUCUGAGUUUUCAAGGGGCCUAGCUGCUUGGACACCUCUACUUUUAUUGGUUCCCUUGGUACUUGGACUUGAUAAAGUCAAUCCGAGGUAUAUUCCAUUAUUGCAGUCAACUUUUAAAUUUUCCCAGAGCCUUGGCAUAUUAGGUGGCAAACCAGGUGCUUCAACAUACAUUAUCGGUGUUCAGAAUGAAAAGGCAUUCUACCUUGAUCCACAUGAUGUUCAGCCGGUUGUUAAUAUCAAUGGGGACAAUCAAGAGCCAAAUACUUCAUCUUACCAUUGCAAUGUUAUCAGGCACAUACCCCUAGAUUCAAUUGACCCAUCUUUGGCUAUUGGAUUUUACUGCCGAGACAAAGAUGAUUUUGAUGAUUUCUGUUCCCGGGCUUCUAAGCUGGCAGAAGAGUCCAAUGGUGCACCAUUGUUCACUGUAGCUCAGUCUCGAAGAUUCUCAAUGCAAGUUACCGGUAAUGAUGCCUCAGCUGACAACAGUGGAUUCCAAGAUGAUGUGGACCUUGUCAAUGAUGCAGGAACCCAUGAGGAUGACUGGCAACUCUUAUAAUUGCAAGACAUUGACAUGAAUUUUAAAGUAGUCUCUCAAAAAUUUGUUGCUUGAUUCUCUCAUGAGGCUAAUUGCCACUGCUGGGUUUGGUUGAUACCUGGCCUUGGACGGGACUCCCUCUCUUCAAACGUUGUUUAAUAGGGCUUGCUGAAAGUAAUUUAAACUCAUUUUGAUUCAUUGGCUUAAAUUAUUUGCUCAUUUGUUCAUAUAGCUAACCAGGUAUUUGUUGUACAUUACACGGCUAGUUCGUUCAUAUUUGUUGCGUGUACCCUUUUAUUGGCUACAAACUUGUAGUGGAUAACACUUUGGGACUAUCAAAUA